UUGUUUGUUUGGCAGCCGUUGAAUAGUGUCGGGUCCAGCAUGAAGGUUUUACAGGUAUGCGCAGUCCUUGCGCUGACAGUGGCAGUCGCCUACGCUGACAGCAAAGAAAAAUCCAAAACCGACAAGUCCAAGGACAAGAGAGGCCUAACUCACGGUCUUAGUUCCGGCGGCUACAGCGGCGGCUACUCAUCUGGGCUCGGCGGAGGCUCUUACGGAGGAUACGGAGGCAGCGGCUACGGCAGUAGCUCUUACGGAAGUGGCUCCUCUUACGGAGGUGGCUCAUACGGAGGUGGCUCAUAUGGAGGUAGCUCUUACGGCAGUGGCUCUUACGGGGGUGGCUCUUACGGAGGCAGUCUCGGCAGCAGCUACGGAUCCUCCAGCCUUGGCUCUUACGGAGGCGACAGCGGUUACGGCGGAAGUUAUGGCGGUAGCUCUCUUGGCGCUAGCUAUGGUGGUGCCGACUAUUCCGGAUCAUACGGUUCCGGUGCUGGAAUUGGAUCAGGAAUCUCAGGAGGUUACGGAUCUGGCUUCUCAUCUGGCUCUGGCUUCUCCUCUGGCGCCGGUUUCUCGUCCAGCAGCUCUGUCGUCUCAGGUGUAUCUUCCGGCCCUGUGUCCCUCCCCCAACAACCAGUCCAGGUCACUCACUCUGAGUCCCAGUCCACCGUCCAUAUCCCAGUGCCCAAGCCAUACCAAGUAACGGUCACCAAGAAGGUCCCAGUGCCGGUUCCUCACCCCGUCCAGGUCUCCGUCCCUCAACCCGUCACCGUUCCCAUCCCUCAGCCCUACCCCGUCGCCGUCCCCAAGCCAUACCCUGUUACUGUUAACAAGCCAUACACCGUCUCCGUACCCCACCCCGUGCCCGUAGCCGUCCCUCACCCCGUCCCAGUCUCCGUCCCUCACCCAGUCCCUGUCGUCGUCACUCACCAAGUUCCUGUUGCCGUCCCCCACCCAGUCCCUGUCGUUAAGCACGUCCCUGUCUACAGCCACGGCUCCGUCGGCGGUGGAUACUACGGCGGCGUCUCUUCUGGAGUCGGAUCCUAUGACUCGUCUGCUUCUUUGGGCAGCUAUGGAGGUUACGGAAGCUACGGAGGAUCGUCCCUUGGCAGUUACGGAGGAGCCUCUCUCGGCAGCUACGGAGGAUCUUCUCUUGGCAGCUACGGAGGAUCAUCUCUCGGCAGCUACGGAGGAUCAUCUCUCGGCAGCUACGGAGGAUCUUCUCUUGGCAGCUACGGAGGUAGCUACGGUGGCUCUUCAUUAGGCAGCUACGGUGGAUCUUCCUUGGGCAGCUACGGUGGUUCCUCAUUGGGUAGCUACGGUGGCUCUUCUCUGGGCAGCUACGGUGGUUCUUCUCUGGGCAGCUACGGUGGUUCCUCAUUGGGUGGCUCUUACGGAGGCUCCUACGGAGGCUACGAGUCUGCUCCAUCUUACUCAUCUGGUAGCAGCUACGACUCUCACGGCUCCUACGAGUCAUCCUCUUACCCAAGUUCCUCAUACGGCGGCUCAUCCUACGGUGGCUCAUCCUACGGUAGCUCCAGCUCUCCCAGCUCCAGCUACGGACCCCCCAACUACACCCCUGGUGCACCCAUCGGAUCCUCCCAUGGCUCUGACAAAUAUAAGCGAGCUAACCCAAAGCAGUAAUAUGACACGUGAUUGAGAAAUUACUUGUAUAUUAUUAUUCUGACUGAUAUUCAGUUACCAAUGCACGGCUGUAGUGGCCCAAAAGCGGCUUUUGUCCUCAGACAACUUAAGUUCUCCUCACUGGUCGGACAGCGAGACCGAAGCUGUUCUAAUACAAACCUCGCCUGAAAAACACCAUCAGUAAAUUAGUUUGUACUCGUUUGUUGCUGAUUCAGUUCGACGGUGCGGAGUAACCGGUCAAAAAUCUGAUUUUCCAGUUAUUUUGGAAAAUUUCAAGUCAUUGCAAGUCAUUAUUGUUUAAGUCAUUCAAGUUAGAAGUUAUUUUUAACUUAUUUUGUUAAAAAUGCGUUUAAUAAAUUCUAGGUAGUUUACAUGUUCGUAAAA